AGCUUCCCCUCAAGUCAGGCCACCACACUCCACCACUAAAAACCAACCAUCAAGUGCACCGCCGAUUCCAAUAUCACCUACACAAAUGGAGAUUGAUCCACCAAACUCAACGCCUGAAGCUGAACAAACUGUAACAAUCAUCAAGGACGACGAUCUCUUCAACGCCGCCGGUAACGGCGACGUUUCAUACUUCAAAUCCUUAUCUCAGCCGCAGUUGCUCCGUUCUCUCACUCUCCGCAACGAAGAUCGCCGAUCGCUACUUCACGUUGCCGUUUCUUCACGCCACACAGAGGUGGUGAAGAUGCUUUCAGGUUUUGAUCAAUCGGUUAGUGGGAUUAACAGUGCUGAUGAAGAAGGUUGGGCCCCACUGCAUUCUGCUGCAAGCAGUGGAAAUGUCGAGAUUGUCAAGAUUUUGCUGGACAGAGGGGCAGAUGUAAAUUUGAAAAAUGACGGUGGCAGAACCGCUCUUCACUACGCUGCCAGCAAGGGUUGGGUGAAAGUAGCUGAAAUUUUGCUUUCUAAUGGAGCAAAGAUUAAUGCAAAGGACAAGGUUGGUUGCACACCGUUGCACCGUGCAGCAAGUACUGGGAACUCGGAAUUGUGUGAACUUUUGAUUGAGGAAGGUGCGGAUAUAGAUGCUGUUGAUAGAGCAGGACAAACUCCCAUUAUGACUGCAGUGAUAUGCCAUAACAAAGAUGUAGCUCUUCUACUGAUCAGGCAUGGUGCAGAUGUUGAUGUAGAAGAUAAGGAAGGAUACACUGUUCUUGGUAGAGCAUCUGAUGAGUUCAGACCGAUACUCAUAGAUGCUGCGAAGGCCAUGCUUGAAGGAUGAAAGAUUUUACAACAAAAGCCAUUGCUAUUUUGUGUUUUUACUCCUGAUUUUGGUGAUUAGAAGCUUGAUUCAAUUGUUUGUUUUUAGGGUUAUAAACUUUUUCAAAAAGGAAUUUUUAUCUAUUAACUUAUGGUUAACGUUAAGUAAAUAUCUAUAUAAUUACAACUAGUGGGAUUUCCUGCGUUC